GUUGUUGUGUUACUUAAAGGGUAUAAAAAGCGGACCAACUCUUCACACUUCACACAGAAACGAAAAUGAACUCGAAAUUUGUUGUUACACUAGUCGUGGCCUUUUGCCUUGUCCAGGGCAACCAUGCGGAAACCAUCGACGAAGUCGUCGCCGACAUGACCACCCGAAUCAACGCCAUUAAGACCAACAUCGAUGGGAUUAUCCACGACGGUGGUAAAUUGGUCGGUGAGACCCACAAGAUCAUUGGUACCAUCGUCGCCCAGGCUGAAGCAACCGUCUACACCCAAAUCGACCAACUCAACAAUAUCGUCCAGCAGGCCCAAGCUGAAGCGGCCCAAAAAGCCGUCGAUAUUUCCCAGUGUGUUAACGUUGUGACCGAUGCACUUGGAGCCCUUGAUCUCCACAAACUGGACGCUUGUAACAACCAAGAAGGACUCAACACUUUGAGGGCCAAAUUGGGCCUUUUGGGACGACUCAAACAACAACUCUCCAAUUCGAUCACUGGCUGUUUGGCCAAAAAUCCCAUCAGUGCUGUGGCUUUGAGGAGCUGCAUCCAGGGGGAAAUUGACAGUGUUAACAACCAAGUGGUACAAAUCCAGGAAGAAAUCAAUCUAGUGACAGCGGAAUCGGCCCAAAACGCCCAAAACUGUGCCCAUGCUGCGUCCCAAAGUUUACUCAAAACCAUCGAUACCGUUGCCCACGAUUUUAGAAAUUGUGUAUCUGCUAUUUUGUAAAUUAAGAAAAACAAAAUAAAGAUCCUUGAUUAGA